AUGGCCAACGAGCACUUCUUCCCGGGCGAUUACUUCUCCCCCACGCCGUUCCUCGGCGCCUCUUACGCGCCGGCGCCCCGGUCAGGGCUCCAGGCCGCCGCGGCCAUGGCCUUCGGGCUGCAGUGGGCCGACCAGCAGCUUCCUGGGGCGGACUCCUCGGCGCACUUCGACUCGGCGCUGAGCUCCCUGGUGUCCUCUCCGGCCUGCGGGGGCGAGGACGAGGUGGCCAUCGGCGACCUGAUCGGCCGGCUCGGCAGCAUCUGCAACGGCGCCAGCGCCAACAACUCCUGCUACAGCACGCCGCUCAGCUCCCCUCCGCGCGGGCCGUUCCGGGGCUACGGCGCGCUGGAGAGCGGCGGCAGGCUGUCCCGAGUGUCCAGCAGCAAGUCGCUCGGCUGCAACAACACCUCAGCCGCCGCUGCCACCACCGAGGCAGAUACGAGCCCCAAGACGGCCGGUCACGCCGCCAUGCCGGACCCGCCGGCGACGACGAAGGCCUCCGCGCGGAAGCGCAAGGCCGCCGCAGCGAAGGGCAAGGCGAAGGCAGAGGCCUCUUCUCUACCCGCGGUACGGCCCAUUUGGCUCCGCUCAACGGCGGCGAUCAAUGCGAGCCCCCCGAAGCGGCCGAGGGUGGCCGACGGCGAAAACGAGGUGGCUGCGGUGGAGGAGGAGGAUGAGGAGAAGGCCGAGCCAUUCAAAGACUACAUCCAUGUGAGGGCGAGGAGGGGGCAAGCAACCGAUAGCCACAGCCUCGCCGAGAGGGUGAGGAGGGAGAAGAUCAGCGAGAGGAUGAAGCUGCUGCAGUCCUUGGUGCCAGGCUGCACUAAGAUCACCGGCAAGGCUCUCAUGCUCGACGAGAUCAUCAACUACGUCCAGUCGCUGCAGCGUCAGGUCGAGUUCUUGUCCAUGAAAUUGUCGACGAUGAACCCUGAGCUGGACUUCGAGGAGCAUCAGAUCCCGUCUAAAGACAUUAACCAGAUGGCGAUGCCGGCCUAUCCGUCCGACGACCGGAGCGCCGCCUUCUCCUACGCCGGCUCACCCGCCGACCCGUUCGCCAUUCCGGCCGGCCAGCACCAACACCAGGGGCAAGAGCUACAAGGCAGCUUCAGCUGGGAGCAUCAAGACCUCCAGAGCAUGGUGCAGAUGGCGGGAGGGAGCAGCCAAGACCCACAUGGUUUCUACGGCAAGUGA